CAACCCGACGAGCGUUGCAGAAGUUGCAAGGACUCUUUCCUUGGAUGUUGUGCAACAAUCACAUGCUACCGAAGCCCCAAUGGAAAGUCCAAAAGACGAGGAACAAAAGCCAACGGCUACAAAGGCUCAACCGCCGGAAAAACCCACUCGCAAGCGGAAUCAAGUUAAAAUUCAGCCCAGGAUCAGGGCCCCAAAACCAACACCCACCGCUGUUCUGUGUGAAUUGACUCGCCUGAAGGCCCAGCAAAAAUACCUCGAAUGCAAUCAAGUCAAGCUGAAUCCCAAUAAUUUCAUACUCAAAGAUGACACGGACACGGACACGGACUCAAAGACGAGACCUUGCGAAGAGCCGGAAACUGGCCAAAAUCCACGGCCCACCAGUUCCUCCACUGCAGAUCUCAUAAGUUUGAUCAACGAAAUCGAACAGGAAAAACUGGUGCUCAAUGAAAAACUGAAGCUAUAUUGCAGCGAAAAGCGCGGAGAGCUGCAGGAUAUGUGGCACUAUGUGGCCACCAUUAAAGAGGACGUCUUUCGGCCAGAACGUCUUAGCCAAUAUACAGUGAACGCUCUGCGGGAAAGAAUCGUUGGCCUAAAUGCCCAAUUGUACCGCUUGGCUGCUCAGAACUCGAAGGAACUCGAAGAAUUGAAGGCGCAGUACGAUAAACUGGAAAGCGAAAAUAAAAUGUUGUGGAAAGGUAGCAUGUAGAUUAAAACACAGCAUCCUUGGAUUAGUUCUUAUAGUUUUCAUAGAUAGUAGCUAAAGAUGCAAACUAAAGUUAAAUAAGUUUAAAAACGGGUCUCACUCAAUUGUCAUUUAUUUCUUUCACUUUGUUCAUCACAAUCGUCCCAAAAAUGUAUAUUGUACUAUAACUUAACAAAG